AUGCCCUUUUCACAAUCUGCAGAAUUUGCCAUCAAAUUUGGGAUGGCGUCAGACGCGGCUCCUCAAAACAAUACCUCCAAGGGGAUCAUGACGUUUUACCCCACCGUUGAGGAGUUCAAGGAUUUCAGCCGCUAUGUCGCCUACAUGGAGUCACAGGGAGCGCACAGAGCAGGCCUGGCCAAAGUGGUCCCCCCAAAGGAAUGGAAGCCCAGACAUUCAUAUGAUGAUAUAGACGAUUUGGUGAUUCCUGCACCCAUUCAGCAGGUGGUGACAGGCCAGUCGGGCCUUUUCACUCAGUACAACAUUCAGAAGAAGUCAAUGACCGUUCAAGAGUUCCGCAAGCUUGCAAACAGUGACAAGUUCUGUAGCCCUCACUAUGAUGAUUUUGAUGAACUGGAAAGAAAGUACUGGAAGAAUGUAACAUUUAAUCCUCCUAUAUAUGGGGCCGAUGUCGGCGGCAGUCUCUACAAUCCAGAUGUCAAAGAGUGGAACAUUUGUCAUCUAAAUACCAUUUUGGACACGGUGGAAUCUGAAAGUGGCAUCACAAUUGAGGGUGUGAAUACACCCUACUUGUAUUUUGGGAUGUGGAAGACCACUUUUGCAUGGCACACUGAAGACAUGGACCUCUACAGCAUUAAUUACUUGCACUUCGGGGAGCCCAAAUCCUGGUACUGUGUCCCCCCAGAGCACGGGAGAAGAUUUGAGCGUCUGGCUCAAGGUUUCUUUUCUGGCAGCGCACAAACCUGCGAGGCCUUUUUGAGGCACAAGAUGACGUUGAUUUCACCUUCAAUCCUGAAGAAAUACGGCAUUCCAUUUGAAAAGAUUACCCAAUAUGCCGGUGAGUUCAUGGUGACUUUUCCCUAUGCUUAUCAUGCUGGCUUCAACCACGGGUUCAACUGUGCCGAAUCCACCAACUUUGCCACACAGCGGUGGAUUGAAUAUGGCAAGCAAGCAGUUUUGUGCUCAUGCCGCAAGGACAUGGUGAAGAUUUCAAUGGACGUGUUUGUCAAGAAAUUCCAGCCAGAUCGUUAUGAGCAGUGGCUGGCAGGGCGAGACGUGGCGCCCAUCGACCACUCCAGGCCCACCCCAGAGGCCAAGGAAUUCCUGGGCGAUUCUUUUAAUAUCAUCUACGAUAAUAGCAGGUGUUCCAUCGAUAGCGGUCGGGAUGAUGUGGAGCGAAAGAGUCCACUGCAAAGAAUCGAGACCAAGAGACACCGAGUGUGUUUGCAGCUGCCCGACGAGGUUGUUUCGAAAGAUAUCGAUGAGGAAACCACGCUGUAUGCAAAGCGGCCAAGACUUAAUCUUUUGCCACCACGUAUGACACCACAAGAUGGCAAGCGAAAUAAAGGCCCACCAAAGUUGGUUGUGACGCCCACAAAGCUCACCUUGAUAGAUCCGUUCCACCGCUUAAACACGAGCGAUUCAGGACACACGCCUCACUACACCAAGACUCGGCCGCCCGCAUUCUCAUCUCAUUCCCAAAACGGUCAUCUGUCAGCGACGGCAACAUGGACGACCGCCACGGGUCAGCCUUCCCGUAAAAUGGGCGUGGCCAGCCUGCUCUUCCAUCGGACUCUCACUCAAAAAGACAUCCUGCAAGUGCACAAUUACCCGCGAGAAAAACAGCAGGUUCACACGAUGCUGCAGGUGCACAGCUACGCCAGGGAACAUCAGCCCCGUCAUUUCCCGGUCGCAGGAGCCCCCACGCUGGCUGCGUCUCAGGCACCGGGCAGCGCAAGCACAGAGUCCACGCCGGAAUCUCGACUCUCUCUCGGCAAUGUGGAACUCAUGCAAACGGAACAUUCUGUGGAGGAGGACCACCCGGCAGGUGUUAUGGAUGUUCAGGAUGCAGUGUUGGAGGCCAACGCUGAGCCCACCUGCGUCACGCAGCCCCCCCAGGUUGACAAAAUGGAGAUGCUGAAGAACCAAAACAAAAGAAAGGUGUCAGAAGAGCAGUCCUACUGCAUGUCAGUGGUCACCAAGCAACAGCAACAAGAAGUGCUCCGAAAACUUCCACGCCACCACCCUCUCUUCCGAGAGACAUACAGUGAUGACGUGUACUCUGCAGACACGUAUCAGGAUGUGGAGGUGCAGCAAGAAGAGAAAGAGGAGUGGGCGAAGCCACUAAGGCAGCUGUGGCAGUGUCGGCCUUUAAACCCUCAGGUGGAGUGGGAGUACAAUAAGAGAAUGGGUGAACAGGCUCCUUACUGCUCCAUUUGCCUGCUUUUCUACACACAUCAUCAGUCAGAGGCCAGCGACGGCAGAUCCACUGUGACGUUGGUGAACCGCCAAGGUCACCAGUGGUCCAAACCCCUCAUCCCUGAAAUGUGUUUCAACACGCACACCAACAAGAUCACUGAUAGCGAGGAAGGCCAGCUGUCCAACCCUCACAUCACAGAGGACGGCACCAGCCGGCUGGUCAGCUGUUCUCAAUGCUGCGUCCGUGUGCACACCAGUUGCUACGGUGUAACUCGAGACGAAGCAGAGCAGGAUGACUGGCUGUGUGCUCGCUGCAAAGCUGAUGCUACCUUUGAGGAUUGCUGUCUGUGUUCCCUCCGAGGUGGAGCUUUGCAGAGAGCCAACAAUGACAAGUGGGUUCAUGUGCUGUGCGCCGUCACUGUGCUCGAAGCCCGCUUUGUAAACAUCACAGAGCGGCGUCCCAUCGAUCUGUCUGCAAUCCCACUGCCUCGCUUCAGACUGAAAUGCGUUUUCUGCAGGAAACGGAUGAAGAGGGAGUCGACGGGCUGCUGCGUCCAGUGCUCCCACGGACGCUGCUCCACGGCGUUCCACCCCAGCUGCGCACAGGCCGCGGGUGUCCUCAUGCACCCGGAUGACUGGCCGUUCAUUGUCUUUAUCACGUGUCACCGGCACAGAGCGAACGCUAUCGUUGAGCGUAAUAAGGACUCCAUGCGAGAGCUGUCUGUGGGACAGAGGGUGAUCUGUAAAUACCGAAACGGUCGUUACUACCACAGCGAUGUGGUGGGACUGACCACCGCCACCUUCUACGAGGUGGUCUUUGACGACGGCUCGUACAGCGACAACCUCUUCCCAGAGGACAUCGAGAAUCGGGACUGUGCGCGACUUGGGCCGCCUGCAGAGGGUGCUGCAGUGUCAGUGCGAUGGACUGACGGGUUGUUGUACGGCGCCAAGUUUGUGGCGUCCCACUCUAUUCCUAUGUACCUGGUGGAAUUUGAAGAUGAAUCCCAAAUUUCUGUCAAGCGCGAAGAUGUGUACACCUUAGAUGAAGAUCUGCCCAAACGGGUCAAGUCGCGACUGUCGGUGGCGUCGGACAUGCGCUUUGAGCUCUUCUCGCAGGACGACGUCAAACAGAACUCCAAACGACAACGGGUCAUCAACUCUCGUUACAGAGAGGACUACAUCGAGCCUGUUGUUUAUCGGGCCAUCAUGGAGUGACGUCGGUUCGUCCUAUCUUCCCACUCCCUCAAUUGCUUUCACGGCCUGCCAGGCGUCAUAUUUAUGAAGUACGGCUGGGACUUAAAAAAACUUUGUACUCUGAAUAACACGCUUUCAUAGUGUGGUCUGUAUAUUUCCUUAUCUUAAUUUAUUCUGACGGGGUAGGGAGGGUAGCAGCCAGCAAUCAAGUAGUUCAAAAGUUUCAGUACUUAUUGAGGCAAGAUUCCCCCCCCCCCCUCCCUCCAUGUCCGCUAUACGCAGCCCAGAAGCCAUUUUCUCAUUUUGUGAUAUUCAUUUCAGUCAUUCACUUAUGACUUUUAAAGAGAGUGAUAUGAACUUAACAGGUGCCGAGCAUAUACUGAAUCAGUCCUGGAACUGUCUGACUCGUCACAUUACACUUGGAGACUGUCAUCAAGCCUGAAAUUGCCCCUCCAAUUUCUCCCCGAUAAGAUUACGGAUUAUUUUGGCUAUUUUGAAAAAUAACUUAUGUGGCUGAAGUCAGUUUGAUGAAAUGAACUAUUUUUGUCCUUUUCGCUAUCUGUACAAGACCUCAGAUGUAUUUAUAUUUAUUAUAAAAAUUGCAGGUUUUCAAACACACUGUUAACAGCUUUACAGCUUUUUUUUGUUUGUUUUUUGCGGGGGGAUCAAUUUCCCUGGAAAUCACCUCCCAAUGAGGCCAUGUGGCCGUUGAAGAGCUAAACUUGUAUUCUUUUUGUCUGGUGAAUGCUAGCUUUAGAGAUCUAGUCCCAAAAUGAACAAUAUGGUGAGGAUUCAGUUUCGAUUAACUGCUGUAAGUACAAAUAAUACCUUGUAACGCUUAGCGAUUGGUCACCAUUUGGUCUCGAGUGAAGGUACCAUUAAUUCUGUCUUUGUAAAGCCUCGACUGUUUCAGUAAAAUUUGGGAUAAGAAAA